CCCACCGAGGCGGGGACUGGCCUAGCGGGGAGGGGCGGCGGGGCCGGAGCCCCUCUCCGUUGGGCAGACGCCCCAUGGCCAGAGGCUGAGUUCCACUCCCGCCAGCCGCUCCCUAGGGGAAGAGAAAGAAGAGCGUGAGCAGACCAGGCCUUCGGCAGGCAGCAUCCGCAGUCUCCAGAAGUUUGGGACUCGGCCGCGGGAGGACUUGUGCACCCCGACUUCGCGAAGCCGGCACCCGGAGAGGGAAGCGGGGUGGCCCGGCCGCGGCGCGGCGCCUUUGUCAUGAUGGCCAGCUACCCCGAGCCCGAGGACGCCGCAGGGGCCCUGCUGGCCCCGGACACUGGCCGCGCAGUCAAGGAGCCCGAGGCGCCGCCGCCAAGUCCGGGCAAGGGCGGCGGAGGGACGGCCUCGGAGAAGCCGGACCCAGCGCAGAAGCCCCCGUACUCCUACGUGGCGCUCAUCGCCAUGGCGAUCCGCGAGAGCGCGGAGAAGAGGCUCACGCUCUCCGGCAUCUACCAGUACAUCAUCGCCAAGUUCCCGUUCUACGAGAAGAACAAGAAGGGCUGGCAGAAUAGCAUCCGACACAACCUCAGCCUCAACGAGUGUUUCAUCAAGGUGCCGCGCGAGGGCGGCGGCGAGCGCAAGGGCAACUACUGGACGCUGGACCCGGCCUGCGAGGACAUGUUCGAGAAGGGCAACUACCGGCGCCGCCGCCGCAUGAAGCGGCCCUUCCGCCCGCCGCCCGCGCACUUCCAGCCGGGUAAAGGGCUCUUCGGGGCCGGGGGCGCGGCGGGCGGCUGCGGCGUGGCGGGUGCAGGGGCCGACGGCUACGGCUACCUGGCGCCCCCCAAGUACCUGCAGUCGGGUUUCCUCAAUAACUCGUGGCCGCUGCCGCAGCCGCCCUCGCCCAUGCCCUACGCCUCCUGCCAGAUGGCGGCGGCCGCAGCGGCUGCAGCGGCGGCGGCGGCGCUCAGCCCCGCUAGCCCGGCCACCGCCGCACCCCCAGCGCCCGCACCCACCAGCGCGCCGGGCCUGCAGUUCGCCUGCGCCCGGCAGCCCGAGCUCGCCAUGAUGCAUUGCUCUUACUGGGACCACGACAGCAAGACCGGCGCGCUGCACUCGCGCCUCGACAUCUGAGAGCCACCGUCUGCCUACGCGGACCGAUGCGAGGGGGCCGGGACUCACGUCGCCCGCCCCGGACGGCCGCAGCCGCAACCACCAGUGGGACGGCGCACCCUCGAGGAUGCCUCUGGAGCCAGCGCCCACGACCCUUUCUGCCUCCUCGCUUCCCUCACUCCAUCCGCUGCUCUUUGUCCCCUCUGCUCUUCCCGUGCUCGCCUUUCUGCCCUCUGUGCCCUCACGUUCCUCUGGCCUGAGGCCGCCCCUCCGUGCGCUAUGCAGGCCUCGCCUCCUCCCGCAGACCCAGCGCCCGGACGCCUCGAGCCAAAAUUCACCUCGGAGACACAGCGCCCAAGGCCGAGAGGCAGCUGCGUCUCCGUCUCGGCGGCGCGGACCUCCUGGCCUUCUCUUGCAGGUUGGUGGGCUCACGCCCGGCUUUCCCCGCCUGCCGGGGCUGCACCGCCGGAAAAAAGGACAAACUUGUCAGAUCGCUCCGCGAGCCCGCGUGGAGCUGCCCAGAAGAGGCUCGCCGUGGGGCCCACUGGGCGGGGCAGGGGUUGGGCCCAAGCGGGGAGCCAGGGCGGCCGCGCUCCGGCCUGAGUAGGAGUCACACCACAGCCCCGCUCCGAAGGAGUCUGCGUUUCUUCUGCUCUCCGCCCUGCGUGCGCUUCGGGUACCUCCAGACUCAAGCGACUGGCUAAUUAAUACCUUGCUAGAAAGAUCGGUGGGGCUUUUUUAGAUGACAGUAAAAACUAUUUUUUUAAGGAAAAAACAUUCACCGGGAAAACUGGCGAAGUAUUAUGGCCUGGGAUUUUGCUAAAACCAAACAUCAAAAUUAAAUACUUGCUCAUCUUUUCUUCGGGGAGAUUUGAAGUAGAAUUCCCGUCGGGCCUGCAAAAAGCUGCGUUCAUAGAGGUAGGAGAAAAUAACCAGUAAAAGAUGAUUUUGUCUAUGAAUCUAGGGAAUUUUCCUCUCUUUCUAUCUGAAAAUAAAAAUAAAAACAAAUUUCCCCGGAUCUUCGGGUACAAGCCCGUAUGCCAGAGAUCGCUGCCUGCCUGUCCCUGGCACAUGCUGCAGAGACAGCUCUCCCCUCUAUAUUUUUUUGUUUUUCAAACGCCUGCCUUCUCCUACCGUGGGAAGGAAAAAUGUGAAACUUGGCGGGGCAGCGGACGGACGGCCCAGGCGGGCUUGUGGCCCCGGAGCUGUCUGGCCGGAAAACCUAGACCUGGUUCUGUAGUGUGUCGUUUGGGGGACCAAAUCUUUUAGUGAGAACUAGAGCACUUUUGUUACAUUUGUGUGUGUGUAUGUGUGUCUGCGUGUGUGUGCACACGCACGCGUGCGCCUUGUCGAUUCCCCAAUAAAUUUUUUGAUUUUUUCUUUUAA